AUGCCUUUUCUUUACCAUGUGACCAUGUGCGCGUUUGUGGUGCUCCAGGCCUGUCCCUAUGAUCUCGAGGUGGGCGGAGAAACAACUCAUAGCGAUGGCAGCGGCCAGAUGCGAAUGCGUAAACACUACGCCGUGCAUGACCUGCAGCCUCUUGUCACAUCUUGUGCAAUGCGCGAAGACUGCUCAGGGCUUUGGCCACCUGAUGCUUCUUUGCUUGAAGAUCUCUGUAUAUGGCAGCCUUUGGGUCCUACACCCUCGUUUGAUCCGUCUCUAUCUCCAAGCAUCCCGCCGGGCCAUCACGGACGAAUUGCCCUUCUACAUGAGAAGCCUUUGCGUGGAACCUGGGAGCUGAACCAGGACGACCAGGACUGGAGACGGUGGCUUUGGGCCGAGGUAUGCGUUUUCCUUAUUGGGGAGGGGCUGUGCCGUGGUCCCGCCAUGAAAGAGGGGAGGUGUCAUGAGGUGUCCAGGGAAAAGAAGUUGGGAGACUACUCUGGAGAAGCCAUGAGCGGAGUUGAGAGGCAUGAGUCAUGA